UCAAUGGACACUUUGAGUGCGAUCAGACGGUGCGGCAUUUUCCUGUUCAGUGUGUGCUCCUGCGGGGCUGCGAAUUACUUGGGCCAAGGGAAUGCAAACUGUUCGAAAAGCAUUGCAAAAAGUUUGUUCGUUUGGCUUAAGUUAUUUUCAUGCCCGAUAAAACGCCACGUGGUGGGCCACCUGCGACCACCUGGCCAGGUGUCUCUAUUAUAUAUGUGUGUGUGUAUGUGUGCUGAAUAGAACGUAACUAACUAAUUUGCACCGUUAAGUUCAAAUCGUUUUUGACUAUUUGUCAACGUCAUCAACUGCCAAAUCAAAAUUCGAUCGAGCAGCGAGCCCUAGGCUGGGUAACGUUUAUUGGCACCUGAGCGAAGAAUCGCUGUCAGAGAUAAGCGAACCGUUACCUCCACAAUCAAUCACAUACAAGUUGCACACAACUUGAGGCUUUCUCGCUCACUCCCUCUCUCUCUCUUCCAUUGAUAAUGACACUGAUACGCGAUAUAUGCAAGCCAGUCAGCUCCUAAUCUGAACAUUAAACUGAUUGCGCCGCCCGCAUAGAAUCUGAAGGAGCGAAAGAGAGAGGGAGAGCAGCUAUAACUCUCUAUCGAUAAUCUAGCAAUAGCUAUAUAUAUAUAUAUUGACGAUCGAGUUGGGCUACUGUUUUAGUGAGCACUUUUAUGGACAGCCAUAGCAUAGGCCAUAAAGCUAUUACCUUUAUUGCUUUGCACGAUAUACACCCCCUAGCCAUAGCCCUAACCCCUAACAGCGCCCGUCCCAUCGGGCGAGUGUAAAAUCUGAUUUUUUUUUUUUUGUAGACGUGUCGUUGGCUGCUUUAAAGUCAUUCGCCAUGCCUGAGGUACGGUUGUAAGAUUUAUUUGGGUUGUAUUGACGAUAACGAGGCAGGGAAUCUCGGGGCCCCUAAGCUAAUGCAUGUUCAUCGACGACGUGGCUUGUCGUAUAUAUGUAUGUCGAUAUAUGUGUAAUACAUACGAGUAUAUAUGGGCGUGAGGGUUUUUAAACUGAAAUGGAAACUGAUAAGUGUGCAACGUACACAGAACCUUGCUCGAGUUAUCAGCCCGAGUGACAAGCGGAAAUUAAAGUUGAAAUCGACACGAUUACUUCAUUAGCUGUAGUUCUGUGGCAGUGCCAGCCCUUCGUUUUUUGGAGGUGAGGUCGACAAGGUCAGUCCCCGGGGGGAGGGUUCAAUGAACUAUAAACAAGUGGAUAGUUGAAUUUAUGAUUACGAUUUGCUUAUUAAUUGCCAAACAGAUUCAUAAUUAAAUGACUAUUUUGGGACCUAUCUACGGAGCCCUGCAGAGGCUCAGCCUCGUUGAGCCUUGUUGAAACACAAUUACACGACGAUCAGGUGCAAACGACAGACGAGGACGUGCCGAUUCUAUAUAUAUAUAUAUAUAUGUAUAUACAUAUAAUCGACUACUCCCACUAGAUGCGAAUCGAGCAACUACUUCGAUGUCAUUUGCGUCGAGGAGGCGUGGGUGCCAAGAAACGUCAAAAGAAACGAAAAUGAAUUCCCUGUCCAAAAGAGAGCCCCAAGAAGGCUGUUGAUGAUGUUGAUGAUGAUGAUGACGACGAUGACGAUGAGUGGCCCCGAGCUUAGGGCCGUGUUGCUAGCUGGUAAAUGCAAAAACUUUAGACAGGGAAUCAAUUGUUGCCUUGUUUUAUUUCGCUGAAAGACACGCAACAACAAUAGCCCAGGUAACUGGCUAAUAAUUUGGCUAGGAGGCGGGGGCGCUGGCGUCGGCGUCGGCGUAGCGUAAGGCCAACAACCGUGAAAAGCGCUUCAGGAUGACAGUUAUGGGUUACAAAGGCAAGGAUUGAAUCAAAUAAAUAAAGGCACAAGGUUCAGUUCAGUGCAGUCAAGAGCGGGUACGCUUCGGCCCAGAGGCCUAUAGGGCUGUGUAAAGGGUCGUGGAAGGGUCCUUCGAUGACGGGUUAACCUUACCAUGUGUCCAUGUCAAGUUUGCAUGCGGCUGCAGCAUAUAACAUCACAUAAAACAGAGCUACACAAAGGCACAAAAUGUCUGCGAGCUGAGUGAAGGAACGUAUCAACGAAUCAGUUGCAUUGCAGCAGUUGAAUCGCAAUGAACAUCUGGAAGGCUAAAGUGCUGACGGAGGUGCCAUUCGGCCAUGUGCUCAUCCUUAGCGGCAAAGUCAAGCCGCAUCCCAAUAAAAUCUCGUUGGAUUUGACGGACAAUGUGAAUGCUCAGAAUGAAAGCGAAACGGUUUUCCUCAAAAUCGAGGCCAAUUUUCGCGAAGGUCAGAUCAUUCGCAGCAUGUUCCAGCCAGGCGAGGGCUGGCAGCAGGAGGAGAUCUCCAAGAAUUGGAAGUGUGACGGACCCAAGAAUCCGCUAGUGCCGGGUCAGUGCUUCACCUUUCGCGUAGCCGUACUGCAGCGCUGUUUCGAGAUCUAUGUGAAUGACCAACUGUAUCGUUCGUUCGAGUUCGUCAAAUUUCCCAAGCAAAUCAACUAUGUGCGUGCCUAUGGGGAUUUCGAGAAGAUCACUCAGUUCCAUCAUCGCAUGCUGUUCCCCCUGGUGUUUCCUCGUAGCCUGAUGUGCGUCGAUCGUGUGGCCUUUCAGAGUGAUGUACCCAGGCGCUACGAGACGGGCACCGUUGUGGCCAUGGAGUGCAUUGCCAAGGGUCCACCCACAACGGAGUUUUCCAUUUGCUUCCAGUGCAACGAUACGGGUCGCAUGGUGCUCAAGUUUCAUGUGAACUUCGAUAGGACGACCGUAUCGCGCUCCUAUCAACGCGAGGACAACAGCUAUGCCCCUGACGACGAGGAAACUGAAGGCGAAUUUCCGUUUGUGCGUGGCAAGCUCUUUAAGAUCGCCUUUGGCAUUGGCGAUCGCUCGUUCCUCAUUGCCGUCAAUGGACAAUAUUUUACCUAUUACAAUUUUCCAUUGCGUCCAUUUUCCAUUUCCACGCUCAAGUGUUUCACCAACGAAUCGGGCGACUUUUCGGUCAGAAGCUUGGAAUAUCACUCGGAUUCCCCAUUGCUCUCGCGUGUUGAGAAAUUGUCGAUAAUCUAAAGUGGAAUUGUCGGAUUUUGGAAUCUCUCUAGUUGCAAUCGUUGACAUUAUUUUUCGAAUACACCAGUUAAUUAGCUACCUGUAGUCUAGCAUGUUUAUUAAAUAAAUCUAAUUCAUUCAAGGGCA